AUGGCCGUGGGGCUCGGGUACCACUUUUGGGAUAUUCCAAUGACCGACUACAUGGUUCCCUUCCAGGUCUAUACUCUCGCUGGCACAAUGGUGUAUUCGCUUAGUCUCGCGUUCUCCAAGAUCUCCAUCCUUUUCCUGUACCUCCGACUCUCGACCGUCCGGUGGUUCAGGUUAUUGGUGUGGAUCUUACUCGGCAUCGUGAUCUCAUACGCGGUCAUCUACAACUUAAUCUCCCUAUUCGGUUGCAAGCCCAUCGCAGCCUCGUGGGAUUUGUCGCUCGCGACUACGGCCAAAUGCUUGGAUCAGCUGACCAAGUACAUGGCCUUGUCUGUUCUCAACAUCAUCAUCGACGUCUUUGAGCUUGUCCUCCCGAUCCCCAUCGUCGUUCCGCUUCAGAUGUCGAACCGCCAAAAGAUCUCUGUUUGUUUGAUGUUCGCAACUGGUAUCUUUGUUUGCGCCGUCGCUCUGAAGCGGACAUUGCUCCUGAAGCCUCUCAUGACCUCUCCAGAUUACACUUGGGCGGCUGUGGAACAAUUCCAAUGGUGUUUCGUUGAAGUCAACGCUGGUGUUGUUUGCGCGUCUGUUCCAGCUCUUAAAUCCUUCUUCGCUCGGUACCUCCCCGGGUUGAUCAGCUCUCGACUACGGAGCCACGACCGAUCCAAGAACGCAGAAGGAUACAAUACGAUCGAGAAAGGCAGUACGCAGCGGUCUAGGGUAAAGAAGGACAUGUAUGAGAUGACGGUUGUUGAAGAUGACGUCGCUUCAGAGAAAACGGUACAGCCGCCCAAUGUCAGUGAUGACGAGGCUAGACUAUGGAGAGGAUCGCAGCACGGUGUCACAUCUAAUGCUUCGUCGAGUGUUGCAAAACCUGCCGGAGCGCACAUCCAGAAACCAACGCUUGGUCGGGAUAGCGAUGGGAGAAAAAUCUAUGUCACGUCCGAGACGACUGUCGAAUACGGAGACCGUUGA